CUCGCUAAUGUUGGCCGGGCAAACUGACCGGUGGCGCUGUGGCGUGUCGAACGGCCGAGAGAGCCGCGAGUUGCGGGCGAGAGGGGAGAGUAAAACAGUGGAGGCGGUCCUUGCUACGAACAGGCUGCGAUUGUUUGCCGAGCGAAAACGCCAAGUGGAGUUACCGCGGAGAAGCUCGAGACCACGAAGCGAAGAAGAAGGCCCCCUUUUUGUUUCUCUCACUAGUCAAGAUGAAGCCAUGCCUCGUCCUCCUGCUCGUGGGCAUCGCCCUGAGUUCCACGCUGGCGGCCAACGUUCACGGAGAGCAGGGACAUGCGGAGGAACAUCGGGUCGUCAGGAGAGGCAUCUUAGAGAAGAUCUCGAGCGCAGCCAGGAGCCUCCGUGACGAGGCUUCCAGUUUCUUUGAGCGCUCCUGGGCUGGACUUAAAGGCGCCCUCACUGAGUUCCUGAACUGGAUGCGCGGGAUAUCCCCGCCGAAAGACGAUCACGCCAACAGACCUCCUCCUGUACUUCCGCCAGCGGAUCUACCAGAAGGGCCACACCAGUAUUAUCCAGGAUGGGAGCCUACGAACGUCGGAGACUCCAAGGACCCGCCGACAGUCCACCCAAGCCGCUACAGCCCAUCUGCGACGUCAUCCGCGAACGCGGGCGACAGCCAUUCGACCCCCGAAACCACGCGCCAAGAGACGACCACAUCGACUGACGCGUCCGGAGUGAUCUCGCACCGUGCUGGUUCGCCGAAUACCGAAGACACGUCAUCAGCAACGCAGACUCCAUCUCUCGCGACAUCCACGAGUCCGGAAGCGACAAAGACAGUCGGGCCAAGCGAGGCCAGCACAGAACCCAGAGUUGAGUCAACAACCGAAAGGGUGGUUAGCACAAGUGGCGAAGUGGUCGUGACCGCCGGCGCCACCUCGACGUCCACGGAGACGGUGUCGAAGUCGACGGCUGCGGAGGACCGUGGCCCGACAGCCAAGGUGGACUCGUCAACGCCGGCGAUCCUUGCCACCCGGGACCCCAAGCUACCCGACGAAGUGGACGAGUCUGAAAACGACAUUGACCUGCCUCCUCCCAGGCCUCCAGCUCAGCCGAAACGCACCAACGGGGGAGGUUACGUCAUUUCGGAUGCGCGCUAGAGUGUUCUUACGGAGUAAUCAAUUACGCGUCGAAGGCGCUUCUGAAGGUCAAUUGAGGGCAAACAAUCUCACCACGCACAAGGUCUUUCAGUUGCUCUUUUUUUUUUUUUUUCUUUUUACAUACAAGUGAUAUUAUUGUUGUUUUUGACGGACCUGGGAGGAGCUUCUACAGUGUCUGAAUUUCUGGUCUAAAUCAAUAUCAGAACACGGCGUUCCACGCUUUUACACACAUAUCGUCAAGGGACAACACAAUCUUGACGACGCCUUCGACACCUGCCAAUGAAAAGC